CCACCUGUGCCCAGCAGUGCACCUACCUGUUUCCAGCAGUGCCCACCAGUGCCACCCACCUGUGCCCACCCACCUGUGCCCACCAGUGCCACCCACCAGUGCCCAUCAGUGCAGCCCAGCAGUGCUGCCAGUCAGUGCCACCAGUCAUUGCGCCAGUCAAUGCCUAGCAGUGUCGCCAGUCAGUGCCCAGCAGUGAUGCCAGUCAGUGCCACCUAUCAGUGCUGUCUAUCAGUACCCAUCAUCAGUGCUGCCUAUCCGUGUCACCUCAUUAGUGCUGCCCAUCAGUGCCACUUAUCAGUGCCCAUCAGUGCCACCUAUCAGUGCCCAUCAGUGCUGCCUCAUCAACGCACAUCAGUG